ACUGAUAACAGCAACUUGAAAGAUUACAUAGGAAGCUUAGGAGGCAGUGAAUCUGUGUUAAUGGGAGAGAGACAACUCAGAAAAGGAGGAUGAGAAUGUUUACACAACUCAAAGAAUGUAAUCAGUGUCACGAAAUGGUACACGUAGAAACUGUUGAAUUGGUGUAUGUUUUGCUGUGUAUGUUCUCAACAACAAUAAAAUAAACAUAUUAGAAAAGAGCCUAUUCUGUAUAAACUUCAUUCCACAUAGCACAGGUGAUUAACCGGCAAAAGUUUAACACACUGGUGUUGAUAUUAUUUAUAAUUUUCCCCUGCUCGCUAGGUUGCCAGUAAAUUUCUUAAGGAGAUUCUUUAAUGAAAAUUCACUUUAUCCUUGUUUUGCUUUUUUACAGGGUGUUCAUAAGAAUGGAAGCACUGUUUCCUUGCCAGAUUCAUUAUUAUAUCUCAUGAACCUAUAUAAUCUUGGAGAAGAGUCUGUAUUUAAUGAUGACAAACCCGUCACCAGCCUAACAACGACAACCUGAGGACAAAAAAGAAUAAAAAUAAAGAAACAUUUAAAUUCCUGUUCAAUAAGGAAAUCAUUUCAGUCAAUCAUUUCUGCUACAUUAUUUUCCAAGAUGAACCGAUACACAACCAUGAGACAGUUGGGGGAUGGCACCUAUGGGAGUGUGCUUAUGGGCAAGAGCAACGAGUCCGGGGAGCUGGUGGCCAUCAAAAGGAUGAAGAGAAAGUUCUACUCCUGGGAUGAAUGUAUGAACUUGAGAGAAGUUAAGUCUCUGAAGAAACUUAAUCAUGCAAAUGUGAUUAAACUGAAAGAAGUUAUUAGAGAAAAUGACCAUCUUUAUUUUGUAUUUGAAUAUAUGAAAGAAAACCUCUAUCAAUUAAUGAAAGACAGAAACAAGUUGUUUCCUGAGUCAGUCAUUAGAAAUAUUAUGUAUCAAAUAUUGCAAGGGCUGGCUUUUAUUCAUAAACAUGGUUUUUUUCAUAGGGACAUGAAACCAGAAAACUUGCUUUGUAUGGGUCCAGAACUUGUGAAAAUUGCUGACUUUGGACUUGCAAGGGAGUUAAGGUCACAGCCACCGUAUACUGAUUAUGUGUCUACCAGAUGGUAUCGUGCUCCCGAAGUUUUACUAAGAUCUUCAGUGUAUAGCUCUCCCAUUGAUGUGUGGGCUGUUGGAAGUAUAAUGGCUGAACUAUAUACAUUACGACCACUUUUCCCAGGGACAAGUGAGGUUGAUGAAAUCUUUAAAAUUUGCCAAGUUUUAGGGACUCCCAAAAAGAGUGACUGGCCAGAAGGGUACCAACUUGCAUCCUCUAUGAAUUUCCGCUUUCCCCAAUGCGUUCCUAUAAACUUAAGAACUCUCAUUCCCAAUGCCAGUAAUGAAGCGAUUCAGCUCAUGACUGAAAUGUUGAAUUGGGACCCAAAGAAACGACCAACAGCAAGCCAGGCAUUGAAACACCCGUAUUUCCAAGUUGGUCAAGUAUUAGGCACCUCUUCACAUCAUCAGGAAUCAAAACAGCCUUUAAAUAAACAGCUGCAGCCCCUAGAAUCGAAUCCAUCUUUAGUUGAACUAGAACCUAAGCCUCUCCCAGACAUAAUUGAUCAGACUGUCGGACAGCCACAGCCCAAAAAUAGCCAUCAGCCACUGCAGUCCAUUCAGCCAUCGCAGAACUCGAGCGUCCAGCAACCUCCAAAGCAACAGAGUCAACAGAAACCGCCGCAAACACUAUUUCCAAGUAUCCUCAAGAACAUGCCAACUAGGCCAAAUGGCACACUGGGUCAUAAAAGCACUCGCAGGCGUUGGGGCCAGACCGUGUUCAAGUCUGGAGAUAGUUGGGAAGAGUUUGAGGACUGUGAUUUUGGAGCCUCCCAUUCCAAGAAGCCAAGCAUAGGUGUUUUCGAAGAAAAGAGGAAAAAAGAUUCUCCAUUUCGGCUUCCAGAGUCUGUACCCUUGGGCGCCAACCACUCAGCAGGGGAAAACAAGAACUUACCUGCCGCUGCUUCCCUAAAAUCUGAUUCUGAAUUGUCAACUGCUUCAACAGCUAAACAGUACUACUUGAAACAAUCAAGAUACCUUCCAGGUGUGAACCCUAAGAAUGUGUCCCUGAUAGCCAGUAGAAAAGACGUGAACCCGUACACUUGGAAUAAUCAGUUAUUUCCUAAGUCAUUGGCGCCCAUUGGGGCAGAAUUUGCUUUCAAAAGGAAUAAUGCAGAGGAAAGCAUAAUUAAACCAAUUGAAAAACUGUCAUGCAAGGAAAGCUUUCUCGACAAGUUAGAGGACCCACAAGGAAAUCUUGGAAGUUAUGCUGCUUACAAUCAGUCAGGAUAUAUUCCUUCCUUUCUCAAAAAAGAAGUUGGGUCAGCUGGCCAAAGGAUCCAUUUAGCACCUCUUGGCGCAACAGCUUCAGAAUAUACCUGGAACACAAAAACUGGUCGGGGGCAGCUUUCAGGACCUACUUACAAUCCUGCGGCAAAAAAUCUAAACCUUGUGAGCCGUGCACAGCCAGUUCCCUCUGUGCACGGAAGGACAGACUGGGUGGCCAAGUACGGAGGCCAUAGGUAGGAGGUGCUGGCGCGGAGCCCGAAGCAUUGCCCCCCAAUUUGUGCAAGUCACCGACCUUGGGAAAUGUCUACAGAUGUCUAUUUCUACUGAGCUCUGGAAGAAAUAUGGUACAGUGGGUACU